AUGGAGGCGUUGCGUGCCGAAGUUCGGGAGAUGAAACUGGCACGAAGUGGUCCACCCAUCCGAGUUGUUGGCCGCGACGGUGUUUCCUUGGAGCGCAUCCUGGAGCAGGCAGUUCCAUACACCAUAGUUGAGAUCCCGGAGGGCAUUCACAGCUUUGAGCUUCUGGAGUUAAAGAAGCCAGUGUUGAUUCGGCGCAGCAUGGCAUCGCGCAAGUCCGACACGGUGCUUAUGGGAAGCAUCGUAAUAGCAUCUCGUGGCGUGAAGAUCGAGUCCGUUUGCUUCCGUUGUGAUCCGGAGUCCCAGUACACACAGAUGAUUACAGUGGGCACUUCUGAGUGCUUCAUUGAUGCCACAGAGGCCGAGCUGGUUGACUGCGACAGUAACAUGAGCCUGGUGAUCAAGAGCGGGGCGCCAAUAAUUCGGCAUUGCAGCUUCUCAGCUCAGGGCGAGUUGAAUGAUCAGGGCUUGCGCGCGAGUUUGAAUAGCUGUAUCUGGCUGGGCAGAGACACUGCUGCGACUAUAGAUUCCUGUUUCAUCGAUGGAAGAUCCAGCCGCGUGCAUGCCUUCUCGAUCGAUGACAAUGCAUGGGGGAGGUUGCGACGGAAUGUGGUCUGUGGCACGAGCGAAUACCCUGCAUUCCACAGAGGGUCCUUUGGCAACUGCGAUCUGGACCAAAGCAAUGAGAUCAACUGCCCUGUCUACCAUGGCGUGCGGAAACUGCGAGCCUUGGAGCAAAGUCAUCCAGCAUCACCUGCAGCUCCGGGAAGGUUUGGUGCCUCACCUUCGCCCGAUGGUCGAACAACUUUCCGGGAUGGCGGCAUUCUGCAGCAUGGUCUAUCCCAUGGUGCACACUCGGCAAGUUCGGCAGCCGACAAUCACCGACCUGUCCCGUACAGCGGGCAGGGACAGGUGCCAGUCUUGCAGCCUCCAUCGAGCCCAACCCCUCGACACCACGGUUCGGUUCCUUGGCAGGUCUUGUAA